AUGGAUUUGAGGGUACUGUUUUGCUCUAUUGUAUUGCUGCUUGCUUUAGUCGAAUGCUCUCAGAAGAAGAAAAAGGAUCUUACUAGUUAUACAGAUGCUGAUCUUGAAAGAUUGUACGAAGAAUGGGAAGAGAAUGAUGACGAUCUGCUAGAGGAGGACGAGCUCCCAGAACAUAAGAGAAAACCGAAACCGUUGGAUUUAGAUACAAUGAAAGCUAAAGCAAAAAAUCCAGAAGAUCUAAUGAUGAUGUCCAAAAAAGGCCAAACGUUAAUGAUUUUUGUGUCCUUGGUGGAUCCCUCACAGCCGAAACGGAAAGAUAUCAGACCGUUUACUGAAAAAUGGACAGCUCUUUGGCAAUCUCAACUUUACAACAAUCAUAUUGACGUCCAAGUCUUUGUGAUUGAUGAUAACCGCGUCAUUUUCAUGUUCAAAGACGGAUCGCAAGCAGUAGAAGCGAAAUCAUUCCUUCUCAAACAGGAAUACGUGUCGGAAGUCAUGAUCGAAGGACAAUCUUUUCAUGGUCCCGCGUGGCAGUCCGAUGAGAAAAAGGAGUUGUGA